AUGCGGAAAGUCUCUUGGCAACCAAGAAUCCCACGGAAGGAACCCUCGGACCUUCCUGGGAGGGACCCUACGAAUCAUCGGUAUCCAGCGAUCGGGGACUUAUACCGACUCAGAGACUCCAACGGAAAGACCCUCGGUCAUCCUUGGAACGUAGAGCAUUUGAAGUACUAUUUCAAAAGUCACCUUGCCUACGGCAGGGUCACGGAAGAGUCACAAGAGCCUCCGGCAUCUCUACAAGCACAGCCUUCGGCAUUAUAG